GUUGCGAACAAAUAAUCAAAGACGGAAAAGGAUGUUGGCGGAAGGGUUCUUUCUUGUGUUUAGAUUGUAUAAAAUUUGAAAGAAAAUUAAUUUGUAAAGGAAAGGUGUUAAAAAACUCCGUAGAAAUCAAAAAAAAACUAGCCAAUUUGCCUCCGUGGUGUGGUUGUUAUUUAUUUACUAAUCAACAAGGAGAAAUUAUUUAUAUUGGUAAAGCCCGCAAUCUGAAAAAUCGGAUUAGUAGUUAUUGGCAAAAGACCCCAGUCAGUGAUUAUUUCCAACAACAAAUUCAGGAUUUCAGCGUUAUUUUAACCCAGAAUGUUAAGGAAGCGUUAAUUUUAGAGCAAAAUCUUAUUAAAAAGCACCAGCCACGUUUUAAUGUUUUGCUAAAAGAUAGCAAUUAUUAUCCUUACCUUGAAAUUACAGCCGAGAAAAAUCCUCGCUAUAAAGUGGUGCGGAAAAUUGACCCGCAAAAAAAAAGUUCGUAUUUUGGUCCUUUUCCGGACGGCAGCAAGGCUCGCGAGAUAUUACAAUUACUAGAAAGAUUAUUCCCUCUUGCUAAAUGCAAAGGCAAUUUAGGAAAGCCGUCGGUCGAUAAAUCCUACUACGAAAAAACUCGGAAACAAAUUAGCCAAUUUUUUCACGGCCAGACCCAGGAAAUUAAAAAAAAAAUUCUAGAUUCAUUACGAAAAAAUGUUAAAGAUUUAGCCUUCGAAAUCGCUCAAAAAGAGAAAAAAAUUCUAGAUAAUAUUGACUUUUUUACUAGCAAGCAAAACGUUGAAUUUCAACAAAAUAACGACUACGAUUUUCUGGGUAUUCAUUCAGAGGAAUUGCCGGCUAGUGCGGCUGGCGGCUCUAAGAACAUUAUUACGCUUUUUUUGCUUAUUUAUCGUUAUGGUAAGUUGACGAACACGGCCGAGGCGUCUUUUCCAGAUUUAUUGGCCGAAGAAUUGGACGUUUCUAAUCUUUACAAGCAGAAUGUAGUAGCAGGUUUUUUGGCAUUUACUAACGGAGAAAAGGAUUUGCGAAAAAGUAAAUUGUAUAAGUUGGCUGAGACGGAAAAUGAUAGUGAUAUAGCCCGAAUUAAGAAAGCCGUUGCUACUCAUUACCAAAAAUUUUCGGCAGAGAAAAUGCCAAAUUUACUAAUAGUUGAUGGGGGGAAAGAACAAGUAAAAGCGGUCCAACAAAUUUUAAAAGCCUUAGAAUUGCCAGUGCUAGUAAUUGGAUUAGUUAAAAACGAAAAACACCGCACGACCAAAAUAAUUACUAGUGAAUUAACGGAAUUAGAUUUUGGUCCUCACGAAAGAAUUAGAAAUUUUUUUACUAAUUGUCAAGAGGAAGUUCAUCGUUAUGCACUUAAUUUUCAUCGUAAAUUACACCAACGAACCGAUUUUGAAUUAAUUAAAGAACUUCCUCAGUCUAUUGAUGCGUUAAAAUUAGAUUUAUUUGAACCCCUAGCGGUGGGGGAGAAUAUGAUUUCUUAUCUUAUUUUUACUGGUCCAUAUGCCGAACUUAAUAAAAUUUUUCAUUGUCGUGACACUGGUGAGAAAUCAAAACUAUUGGGAAAAGAAAUAAAUUUUAAAUUAGAAAUAGACACUUUUUCCGAGAAACUUUAUAAUUAUGAAGGGGAAAUUAAAGGCAUUGACCCUUGA